AUGACACCUCAACUUCUCCCACCGCGAGACGCGGCUCUCGAGACUCAGCGACCUUACAACCGUCUUCCCCCAGACCCGCAUGCACACUACGCACUCACAACUCGCAACUCCUUCCUGACCGAAGGCCCCGGAACGCGCUUCCCCAUCGUCGAGUCAGCCGCCGCUCUCUCCUCUGUUGACGCCGUGACCGCGUUCGGCGAGAUCACGCCGCCGGACGUUCUCGGCGAGCUGCCGAGGCCGCGAGCGCAGCUGCGCAGGAAACCACGCUUCUCGCGCGACAAAGAUGGAAGGCUUGAGGGAUACCCGAAGGUUGUGGUUGGCGAACGGAGCGCGCCUGCGUCCGACUCCUCAUCUGCUAUUGCUCAGCCGGGUGACAGUCCUGGGAAAGAGGCACAGCGCCCGCAGCCAACGUCCUGUGACCCAGCAGAGCAGACCUCAGGCGACGAGUCCAGCUCCCAAGACACUGUCCCUCUUCUCAGGGGCGGCGCUGGCCCAUCUGAUGGCCGUGUGCCGCGCGUGCUAUGGUUCACGGCUGGCGGUAUAGGGAGGAGGCCGAUAAUGCCGGAAAUCAACCUGUCGAGUGAGGAAAGAGAGAAUGUGGUCAGGGGCGGCUUGAUGGGGCUGCUGUUUGGUGGGCUUAGGAGAACUUCGACGAGUGGGUCUGAUCAGGGCAAACCAGAGGAGAGUAGGAAGGGCGAAGCGGCUGGAGCAGAUGCUAGGGCUGAUGGUAGUGCUGGGGCGGAUGCUGUUGCUCCAGCUGCUGAUGGUGAUCCCCCGGCUACGAGUGGUGCGCUUCCAGCGCCGUGA